GUCCUGCACUUUCAGGAGCAUUUGUAAAGGAAUAUUUUUCUCUGCCUUUAUAAAGUUUCCACCCUGAAAGAAAAACAUCCGUGUUUAUCAUCGUUUGCUGUUGUUUGUUUGGUUGGUUUUAUUCCUUUGUUUCUCACGUGCUCACUCUCUCUUGCCAAAUCUCCUCUAGUGUCAGAUUUUUUUAAUGCUUCUAUCUUUCCUUGCAUUUACUGUUUGCUGCCAGAAAACUGACAGGCUUUGUUUUUGAGGGGUGGGGUGGUAGUGUGGUCGGCAAUAAUAUAGCUUUAGCAUUGAUUGAAUUAAUUUAAUAGUAACAGAUUUCUGUGCAAAAAAAACCAAAAACCAAACCAUCAAACACUCCUCCCAUCCCAUGGUCCUAGCUACAAAAACUGUUAGGGAAUUCUAUGGUUUAAAAUAUCACAUACUUCCAGUAAGCUGUAAUUUAAAGAAGCCUCUUGUAGUAGGCAAAAUCUAAAAAGGCAGUUGUUUUUACCUACUAGGCUUUUGAUGGAGGGAGUUUUGUGGGUUGCCUUGUUUUUCCUGCUGGGACUUGAUGGGUUCAGUCAAAUGCUGUUUACUGGGUUGUAGUAUUAGCAAGUGUGGCAUGGGGGGUUUAUGAUUCUGUCCUGCAUUAGCUAACACUUAAAGUGUUGUUUGUUUUUCAUUUUAGGUUUUGUGACUCUCAUUAACAUGUGACAAAGUGGAGAUGCUUAAAAAAUUGAUAACAAAUAAGGAGAAUUGGAUGUUCAAAGAUCAUUAAUCAUAUCCACAGAACAAGCUGUUGAAGUAUAGUGGGCAAGAUCGUGGUCUUGGGAGUCAAAUCCACGAAUAUUUGCUUCAAACUUGUUAGUUACAGCAGCAUAAAAAGGAUAUCUGGAACUGGUUGUUCAGUUGUGGGGUGACAGUGAACCACCGAUGUUGUAGAGCUAUGGAAAAAGCAAGUUUUGUUUUUGUUAUCUAUAGGGCAGAGUAUUUUCACUGAAAGUGUGAAAAUGCUGGUUUCCUUGUACUUGACACAGGUGAGAAGUUGGCUGGAGCACCAGAGUAUGGUGCAGAGUUCUGGUUAUUGCUCUUUAAAGAAAAGUUAUGUAAGUUAGAGUAAAUGUAGAAGAGUCCUAGGAAGAUUAAAGGAGCAGGAGGGGCAGACAUACGAAAGAACACUAGAAGAGUGUGCUUUUUUUCAAGCCAGUGGAAGGAGGUCUGAAGAAGGGGAGGCAUGUUCCCUGAAAAUACAUUGGGCUCUAAGCAGCAGGAGGGGAAAAAGAGAGUAUUUAAGCUCCUAGACAACAUUAGCAGAAAAACAGAUGGGCAUUACCUGUUGGGAUAUUGCUGAAUUUAAUACCCUGAUCAUGUUUCCUCUUGUGUUUCCUUAAGUGAUUUCUUAAAGAACCAGGAGAUUUGUUCAGGUGCACCAAGUGGAACUUAUUAGCAUACUGCAAGUAAGUUGUUAUUAGUGGAGCACUAAUAUGUCAAAGUUUUCUGUAUGAAGAGAUUUCCUGAAGAAAUACAAGUGUGAAUUUUUAUCUUUCUGAUGUUCCUUAGCCUGGUCUCUUCUGGGGCCACAGGGUUCAGGGGUUGUGUUCCCAGUCUGCUGUUCGAGUGCUUCCUGCUUUGUGAAGUUGGUUCUUGUAGAAGUAAUGGUGGAUAAUAAUGGUACAGACUAUGCAGCUACAGACUAUGAAGGCUGAGUUCUCAUGGCUGAUUUUAGCUUCUGAAAUUCAGGAUCCACUGAAACUGGCACAGGCUAGUGUGAGUUUUCUCAUGCUCUUGCAGUGUUCUUUUUUUAACUUUUUUUUUUUUUUCUCCCCUGUCCCAUUUGAGCACAUUCCUUUUCUCUUUGUGAGUUUCCCUCUGUUGAUGGCGAAAGGACUGUGGCAAAGGAAGGGAGUCCCAGGCCCUGGUUCGGGAGGGCUCCAGGACGUGUGUAAGCUGAUGUAGAGUUUCAGAAAGGAGUCUGUCUUCAACUCCAACACAGUGAUUGUGCAAAGGAAGAAAAUAGGAUCCUCACCUCAUCUGCUUUCUCAUUGUGUGAUCUGGAGAUUGAUCUCAGGCUAUGCUGUAUUCUGUGCUGUCUAUUUGGAUGCAUGGCGUUAUGCGGUGAGAAGUACAUUGUGCCAUGCACUGUCGGUAAGGCAGCUUUUGUUUCAGUACCACUUUCUAUCAUGUGCUGGGGUGGAGAUGUAGGAUGGAGGAACAGAGUAGCUGCCUUGAUUGGGAAGUGCAUGUGGCAUUUUGGCUAGGCCUUCCUCCUGAGAGGCCACGCUGCAGUAACGUCACUGGUGAUGGCAGCACUGGUUUAUCCAUCCACUUCAGCUCUUUAAACAUUCUCAUUUACAUUUUCCCUGCUGCUGGUCUCUCACUUUUGCUCUCUGCCAUGCUUGAGGUAUCAGGCACUUCAUGCAGUUCCUAAUACUGAUUAAAUGGCUGUGUAAUAGUGCUGUGAGCUGACGAAUUUGCGUAAAGGCAGGCCUAGGUGCCUGUGCACACAAGAUGUAUUUGCCCUCUCGGUACAUGCGCAUGCUCAGUGCAUUCUAGGUGUCUCCAGGAUGUCACACAUGCAAGAGGAAUUAUCUCACUCAAAGCUUGCAGUUGUAUUAGUCUGUUCAGAGUGGUCCAGCUGCUCCUGAAUAUGUAAUUGGCAUUCAAGUGCUAGAGAAAUUUGUUCGGGAGAAAGUAUAUUUGGGUCGUGGUAUUACCUGUAUCUUUCUUCUGCUGGUAUUUUAACCUUGGUGACAGUAGCAUGAUGACUGCUGCAAGACUUGUGCAUGUGUGUGAAAACACACAUGUGCUUGUGCAUGCACAAGCUCAGCUAUUUAGCUUUCAUGAAUGUUGUCUGAUACAGAGGAAAAGCAGAUCAGAGCUCUCGUUUUUUUCUUUCAGGAGGUGCCUCUUGUAGUUCACUUCUAAGCCUGCAGAAAUUUUUUUCUUGCAAAGAAUUUCAUUCCUGUGUGAGCUUAGCAGACAAACAACCAGAGUUUCUGCAGGAUGAUCCUGCGGGACUCAAAACAUUGCAAAAGCCAAGCUGGAUUCAUUAGAGGCUUUGCAGCUUAUCCUGCAGCCCCAGGGAAGGCAAAACUCUUGUAAAGUUGAAGUUUUCCUGGAAUGAGGUCUUUCAGGGAACACAGAAAGUGAUGACUGUGUGCAUAGCAAAAGCCCAGCUUUUAAUGUUGAGAUCUUGGCUACCGUGUAACUACAGGUGUAGCAAAGUACCCAGUUUACCACUUGUAAAUUUACCACUUGUAAAUUAGCCAUUUAUAAUACGGCUUUGCUGCAUAACAGUUGCCAUAGACCUGUAAACAAAAGUGAUAUUUGCUAGUUGUGUAACUCAACUAUUUACUUAUCCUCUUGAAACACAUAGACCUGUUUUAGGCUGGGUUCGACUCUUCACUGACAGGGUAGUAGUAAGGCUAAGGCUUGCAGCAUAGGAAGGUAGUGACCUUCGUAUUUAAUUCAGUCCUAAACACCUGGUGUGUUUGUUUAGGGUAGAACCUAAGAGAAUUGCCUGUUCUAGCACAGCACAAGUGAGUCCUGAAGUACUGUGUUUCAGGAUUUUAUGGAUUAUGUGCUUCAAACUAUUUCAGAGUGCUCAGGAUACAGGAACCUUGAAAUAAGUGUUCUGUGACAGCUUUCAUUUUUUUGUUUGUCCCUCCCUUUCUGCAUAUUGGUCUUCUCAUUUUGAUGAUUAGAUCAUGACUAGAAAUAGUUCUUUUGCAGUAAAGGCAAUUUUAAAUGUUUUGUUCUCUUAAAAGAAAAUCCCCAAAGAACUAAAAAUAUUUCUCCGAAACAGCAGCAACUGUCUCUCAUCACACAGUAUUCCUACCUCCUCUUCUGUGUUUUCCUGAUGCUUUAAGCGUAGCAUACCCUCACCAAGCAGAGAAAAACCUAGCACUGGGAGUGCGAUCCUGACACAGUGACCUCGUUCUGAGCAUUACCUUCUUUGUCAGUAGCAGCAGAAGCUGAAGCAGCUCCGCUGGCUCUCAGCACUUGGAGCAGUUUGACAUUUUCUGUCUGGCAUGGUUUCAGGGCUCACUGUGUUUUGGAACCCAAGUGGUGAAUGGGGUGAUGAAAAAUGAGAGCUUGGAAGAACUUGUCCACUGCUUCUGAUUUUUUGAUAAACGGUUUGCAGCAGCACAACUUUGAUCCACUGUACAGCAGAGCUGUUUAUUACAUGCAGGUCUGCAGCAUUCUUCAGGACUGACAAAGGAGAGUAAAGCUUUUUAAUCAAUAGAGUAAAAACUGGUAAGUGCCAUGCUAAAUAGUGAAUAAUUUAAGAAAAUACUGCUCUGUGUAAGUGUGUGUGCACGCAGGUAUGUCUGUGCAUUUGUGGUUGUGUGUAUUGGGGAACUGUGUAUUACAUCAGGCAGGUGUGUUAGGGUUAAAUUUUUGGUCUUGAGUAGAGGGUUAAAGCUUUAACUUGUCUUUGCUAAUGCAUGUAAAUAGCUUUCUUGUCCACUUAAUGAGGAGGCUGGCUUGUUAUCCUGUACAAUGCAGCUAGGCACUGUUCCAGAAGCAGAGACACUUCAUUUCAAAGACAAAGAAGCCAGCGCAGACAUAGGGAGAAACCUGGAACGUUGCGCUGUGGAUUUUUUCAGAGCGAUGACUCAUUUCAGUUCACAAAGGAUUCUGGGCAGGGUAGUGAGAAGUCAGGUUGGCUGAUCCAUUCCUAUGACUUCACUUUGCAGAGAGCCAGGGAGAAGAGGAGUGACACUGCAGAAUCCUGAGGCACUGCAGUGGAGAGGUGCUUUGCGAAGACUGUGAUGUAUCACCCAUCAGCAUGUCUCCCAUCAGUCAGUCACAGUUUAUUCCACUUGGGGAAAUCCUUUGCUUGGCCAUCUCAGCAAUGAACUCUGCCCGAAAACAAGUCACACAUGAAGCACUAAUGGAGCACCUAACAACCUGCUUCCCAGGAGUUCCAACACCCAGUCCAGAAAUCCUUCGACAUACCUUGAAUAUGCUUGUACGGGAGAGGAAAAUAUACCCAACUCCGGAUGGUUAUUUCAUUGUAACCCCACAGACUUACUUUAUAACACCAUCUCUCAUAAGAACUAACAGUAAAUGGUACCAUUUGGAUGAGAGGAUACCUGACAGGUCUCAAUGUACCUCUCCGCAGCAAGGAACUAUAACUCCCUCCACCUCGGGAUGCGUCAGGGACCGAACACUACCCAAAAACCACUGCGACUCCUGCCAUUGUUGCAGAGAAGACAUGCACAGCAUGCAUGCAUCUACCCUACAGAGGAAAUCAGCAAAAGACUGCAAAGACUCAUACUGUCCUCCUUCAUUAGGUCAGGUCCCACCCACUGAGAAAAGUAAAAGUACUGUCAAUUUUUCUUAUAAAGCAGAGACACUCACAAAGCCUAAGGAUGUAGAAAAGCAGUCUAAGAAAUUUGGACUCAAAUUAUUCCGACUAAGUUUUAAGAAGGACAAGACAAAACAGUUGGCAAAUUUCUCUGCCCAGUUUCCUCCAGAGGAGUGGCCACUAAGGGACGAGGACACCCCUACCACUAUUCCUAGAGAGGUAGAAAUGGAGAUUAUCAGGCGCAUUAACCCAGACUUGACUGUGGAAAAUGUCAUGAGGCACACUGCACUAAUGAAGAAACUUGAAGAAGAAAAAGCUCAACGAAACAAAGCAGGAUCUUCCGCUCACCACAGCGGACGAAGUAAAAAGAGCAGGAAUCACAGAAAGUCUCAUGGGAAAUCAAGGUCACACAGCAAGACUCGGGUGUCCAAAGGAGACCCAUCAGAUGGCUCUCAUUUGGAUAUACCUGCUGAAAGGGAGUAUGAGUUCUAUGACCCCUUGACUAGAUCCCCACGGGAAGGCUGUUUUAUAAUAGAGCACAAGGGAGAUAAUUUUAUAAUGCACAGCAAUCCUAACAUGAUUGAAUCUCACUUUCCCAUGACACCAGAGUGGGACGUGUCUGGUGAACUGGCCAAAAGAAGAACUGAAAUGCCUUUCCCUGAACCUUCCAGGGGAAGCUCCCACUCCAAGGUCCAUCGGAGCCACAGCCAUACACAGGAUAGAAGAUCGAGGAAUGAGCGGUCCAGUAAGGCUAAAGAAAGGUCUAGAUCCAUGGAUAACUCCAAGGGACCUCUGGGCUCAGCGACUUUAGGCACACCUGAAGAUCUAGGUGAAGGCUGUAGCCCAGAUGACCAAACAACAAGCCAAACUUACAUUGACGAUAGUACCUUAAGGCCGUCUCAGUCGCUCAGUCAUCAAAGGGCUCUGAUUUCAUCUGCAAGCUACAAAGAGACUUGCAUCCCUGAAAUAGCUAGCGGCAGUGUAGAAACCCCCAGUUCUUGUACCCUGUUGGAACAAAGCAAGCCUACAGAGAAUUUGCCAUCGUAUAGUGAGCUCAACUCCUGCACAACAAAAUCUGCAGUUGAUGACUAUUUUCAGUGCAACACGUCCAGUGAGACUGUGCUUACUGCUCCAUCACCACUGGGAAAGAAUAAAGAGGAUCAUGAUACACUGACAGGGACAGAUGGGCUCAAAAAAAUGACUCCUGCAGAAAGACAGUCUCAACAUAUUGCUAGGGAGCCUGGGGUGCACAAAGAGGAGUCCCCAAAGGGCCCAAGCAGUGGUUCAGCAGUUGCUGGCCAAACUCCAGAGGUGAUCGCAAACGGGCGGCUGGUUCAACACCACAACACUGAAUCAAGCAGUCUUGAUAAAAGGAAAGAAAUAUUUAGCAAGGAUACACUCUUUAAACCUCUGCAUAACACUCUUUCUGUGAAUAGUUAUCAUAAGUCUAGCACACCCCUGCUCAAGCCCCAUCAAAAGACCCCCUCUGACACAUUGCCAGUCAGAUGUGAGAAACUUGAACAAGCGAUAGUAACCUCAGUCACACAAGUCAUGCCCGUUUCACAGAGACAACAAGAGACAACUGGGAACCAGGAGGCCUCCUUCGACUACUACAACGUAUCUGAUGACGACGACUCAGAGGAAGGGAACAACAAAAAUGCUGAGGAAGAAAAGAACAGGGAUGAUGUUGGCACCAUGCAGUGGCUCCUGGAGAGAGAAAAGGAGAGGGAUCUACAGCGAAAGUUUGAGAAGAAUCUUACCCUUCUCACCCCAAAGGAAACAGAAAAUAGCAACAACCAGCGAGCCACCCACUCAGCCCGCCUGGACAGCAUGGACAGCAGCAGCAUUACUGUGGACAGCGGGUUCAACUCUCCACGUACUCGUGAGAGCCUGGCAUCCAACACUUCAAGUAUUGUUGAAAGCAACAGACGUCAGAACCCCGCUCUGAGCCCCGCGCACGGCGGUGCAGGCCCAACGUUCAACUUCCGAGCCACUGCAGACCCGCCGACAAGCGAAGCUGAGAAACUGCAGAAACCUGCUAACUGCCUGCAAGCUUCUGUCACUAGCGUCUGAGAGUCGUCCUGCCUCAGAUCUCCUGUCUCAUCAUAUACAGUAAAGUUUACGACACUGGGACUGAUGUUUACAUCUUUGGGGAAAAAUAAAAGCAUCUCAACCACAGUUUUAGUGUUUACUUAAACUGUGCUGCUAUGUAGACUAGGGCCAACAAAGAAAUCUUUAUUUCAAGGUAUUGCUUUUCACAUUUGCGGCUCUGUAGCAACAGAAUAGCAGUAGGGAUAAUAUGUACACUUUUUGCUUCACUUAAUUGUAACUGAGCACAUAUAUGAAAGUCUAGACACUGUAAGUGUAAUCUGCAUUUUCAAUGUCCAUGCAGUUGCCAACUUCAUUUAAAAAAAUGCCACAGAUGUGUGAUGCCCCCGGUCAGAGGCUAAACUCUGCUGCAGAGUUGAUCGUUUUUUACUUCAAAAACUGAGCCACUGCUGAAAGUAACCAGCCAGGAUCACCACGAGGAAAAACGAUGCCAAACAUGACAAGUGAUGACCUCAGCUCUAUCUGUGAAUUAUUAAUACUAAUCAGUCAUUUUCACUGUGCAUUUUUGUGACACAAUUUUGCAAAUACCCGUUUGAAGCGAGUAAAAAGAGGUUUGGGGUUUGUUUUGUUUUAAGCGUGGAGGGUUGGAAUGGAGGUGUCUUCUCCUUUUGUGUUUCAGAAGUAUUGAGAGAUGCUUACUUACUGAGACUUGCUGCUUGACCUUCCAUAGUCACAAAUGAGGAGGUGGGCCUUUGUGUAGAGGGGAAAAUGGGGAGGGAAGGGAAAGUAAUAAUUGUCAUGGAGCCACAACGUGGAGUGACACAAAAUGUAACAAAUGUCUUCAGUAUAAAUCAAGUAUUUAAAAAAGAUAUUCUAAUUCUUGUGUCACUUCUGGUAUUGCAACUUGCCAUUAGUGUAGGAAUCAGAGUAACUAAUUUCUUGGAACAAAAAUAUUCUUUGUGAUAUAAAUGACAAGUAUGGCCUGAAGAAUGGAUUUCUUUCUAGUGGAAGGACGAAAAUCUAUUUUAUGUAGCUUAUUAAAUAGAGUGCCUAAAUUAGGCUAUUAAAAAUAGCGUACAUUGUAGUGAUUAUCAGAGAACAAAAUUUAGAGAAUUAUAAACUUCUGGCCUUUUUAUUCAGUGGAUGUUAUUUGCAAUUUAGCAUUUUAUGGACAUGUCUGGUUUCUAGAAAUUAAAUGUGUCCACAUGGUUGGCAGUAGAAAUCUGAAUUCUCUAGGUAUGGUAUGUCCUAAUUUCUCUCCCCUAAACUGUUACUCCAAAUUAGUACCAUGCUAAUUACUGCAGAGUAACUUCUAGGGAUAGUUAAACUCCAAGAGUAAUUUUUAGGUGUAGGGUCACAUUCUGCUCUGUUACUCAUGCAACCUAGUAGUGCAACAAACUGAUUUCAAAUGUAACUGUUUUUUAUCAGAGCAGACAAUUUGGUGGAAUAAUGACAAAGAUACUAACGUGUUCAACUGCCCAAAUUGUUGCAUAGGAAAGGGACGUUUACAUUGUCUAGCUCUUGUGGUACACAGGUAUGAAAGCCAACUGUACCUAUUAAAAACCAGUGUUUUCAUCCGGUGCCGGUGACGUGUAUUACUCUGUACACAAAGCCAUUUGAGCUUCUCUCGUGUUCUCUGUUGUCAUCAGAAGUCUUUACUGAAGAUGCAGCCUUAUGUUACACAGUUGGUUAUAGUUCAUUUACUUCUAAAACAGCUUUCUAACUCUGGACGCAGUCGGUUUCUAGUUCUGUCGAGAACACCCAGUCAAUGCACAGGUCUGUUUUCCUUGGUUUUGGUGUAUAAUUUCCAUUUCAUAGGAGCAAUAAGACCUUUCAGUGCACGUAAAGGAAAUUAUUGUGCUUUUGGUUGGUUUCAAAGUCACUUGGCCUUUAGCCUUCUGCCUUAUCAUACCUUCCAAGAUGUGCUCUAAUUACCAUAUAAUGCUUUGCAUGAUGCAUCUUAUUAUUUAGUAUGUAACUCCAGCCAUAUUUAUUCCAUGCGAACUGUAGAGUCAGAGUUUUUGUGGGGAAUUGUCAUAUACUAUGCAGUGGCUGACUGUGAUGUUGUUUCUGAGAUGAGCUCUGACAUCAGUAGUGUGUAUCAAUUCAGUAAAUAAAAAUGUCGAAACGAUAAAAAAAAUUACAGUAAUGAUCUGAAGUACUAACAGGAGUAUUAAAAUGUGAAUAGCAAGAACAACUUUCACCUUUGGGGGAAAUAUUUGUUUGUCAUAAACUAAUCAGAAUUUAUGCAGGCAGCUGGUUGUACAGAAGACAUAAUUCCAACAAAAUAAGAUAGUACAUACCUAUAAACUGUAUAGUAUGUUAUUUCCUGAAGUUCCCAGAGACCAGCAGACAACGUAAAUGUCAUAUUAAUGUUGACAUGGCAUUGUACCAAUAUUAAUGUGACUCUUGGAAUAUGGAAUGUAAACAGAAGUUUCAAAUAGAAACGUUCUAAUCUUGAAUAUUUUUUUUCCUUUUAAAAUCAAAAAUGGAAUAUGAGGAAAUUCCAUCUUGAGGUUCUGGUAACAAAACCACAAGAGUGGAGCUUGAGUGCUUUAUGUCACCCUAAUCCUUUGAUGAAAUCAUAGCCUUGUAUUACAUGGUUGCUUAUCUGUCAUUCUUCUAAUGUAUCAAUUUAAAGGUUUACAGAGUUAGAUUAGGUUGAAUCUGUGUUGUGUUCAACUGUAAAGGGUCAACACAAAUCUGUCGGCAUUUUGCACACUUAAUAUGUAUUAUUAUAAUACAACAUGUUACUUUUAUGGUAAUUUUUUUUACACAUAUAACUACCUCCAUGAAUUUGAUGAAAUGCAGCAACAUGAAAAGUGUAUUGUACAAAGCAAGGUUAAAAACUUUGAAGCAUUAGGUCAUGGCGUUCUCUUGUGUGUCAAUGCUUGCGUAUGAAGUCAUCAUGUUUCCAUUGCCACAAUGUCCUUCUACAAUAUUGAAAAUCUGGCUUUCAGAUGAGUCACUUAAAGACCUUGACAAGGCUGCAUAAUUGGGAUGAAAGUGAAAGGGAGACUGAAACCUUCCAUCCUCUCCCCAGUUACUGCUAAAAUUUCUGCCUGGUAGAACUUGAAAAUGUAUUUGUAGUUUAGCAGAUUAGGAACCUGUACAGUCUGUGAAACGUGAUUGACAGUUUGGAGUUUAGCAGAAGACACUCUGGGUAUUUUCUUGGCAGCCUUGAUAUACUUUGGGCCCUCUUCUGCCUUUGUCAACGUACCAGGUCAUAGUUUCUCUGAACUGGCAAGGGUGUUAAAUCAGCUCUUCCUGUAACGAUACACACUCUGUUCUCUAGACCGUGUGCAUCUGAAACGCUUGCUCCUGUAGAAAUUACCAACAGCCUUUAAUUGACUUUGCUGGGAGCGGUAUGAGGGUCCCUACUCCAGGUUUGUGCCUAUUGUUCAAAGAACAUGGGCGAGUUUCCAAGAAAAAUGAAGCUGGCUUUUGAAAAGUCGCCAGCUGCAACAAGCCACCUUUCAAGAGAGAAGAAAGAAAGAAAGAAAGAUUUUUCCAAAAACCAAAGGAAGAAAGUGGCAGUUGAACCUAAGCAGAUCACAUUUAUGUACAAAUCCUGAUGUAUGAACACCUCUUUCAGCAAACCUAGUACCAUUAUCCUGAUGCAAAUUAAUAUACAAUCAUCAGUUGAGCUAAUUUUGCCCUUCUAAGUUUUUCAGUUAAAAAUUAGAAGAAAUCAUUAGCCAUUUUACUCCUUGCACCACUCUAAAACGUCCGUAAUACGCAAAACGAUUUUCACUCAACUUUAAAAAGUAAAAUGUAUUGGAAAACAAAUAUUUUAAUGAAAAACGUGGCCUAAGUGCUUGCCAGCAGUAACGGUUUUUAGAAGAGAGAACAAGCAAACCCGGCAUUCAGAGGCCAUCAUAAACACAGAUAACACUCUGCACUUAAAUCACGCCUUUUGGCCCGAGGGCCUUGAAGCGCUUGGUACCAGCGGGGCCUGGGGAACCUCUCGGGUGGGCAGAGUCCACGGGCCCGCUUUGUGUCCAGGCACAUCAGAAAAAACAAAGGCUGAGAGUCUGCAGGCUAAUUUAUUAACCAGGUUUUUUUCAUAAAGUCAUUGGAAUAAGUGUAAUAGUUAACCAAAGUGUUUCAUGUUUAUACUCUGAUGUUAUUCUUUUGAUGCAUUCGGUUUAAGAGAAACUGCUUUGCGGUCCUGCAGAGGCUCUAGAAUCAGCAGUGCCAAAACCGACCAAGUUUUCAGUCAUAUGAGUACUGCCAGCAGUGGUUUUAGGAACAGUUACUUUAACUAAAAAUUUGUUUUUCAAAUACAUUUUGCAGAGCUUUACCCAACACAAUUGUUCAAAUUGUUGUGCUGAGGAAGCAAAUAGCACUCCGAAUCUGGUGUCACACCCACAGUUUACAAUUCUCUUUGCUCUUCUGAAGAAAACUGUACAGUAUUAGAGAGAAAAGUUCUAUUUUUUACUAAAUCCUUUUUAAAAGAAAAAUAUAUCUGAAAUGUUCCCCCCAGCAUAAGUAAAGUGCAUCGUUACUGCAUGUGAAGCAUGCAGUGGCCCCACCGAAAGCCAAGCUGGUGCUAGAAGAAAACGGGACCAUCACGCUUCUUUUAUCGCGGCGCGCUAAACGUCGGUGUCGGGUAUAAACCCGCAGAACUCCCCGGAUCUCCCGCGGAUCUGACGGAGAUGGGAACGGGUCGUUAACUCCAUUGAAGCUCAGUUCUGAGCUGAGGGUUUCCGUGUUCCUCCCCCCGGCCCCCAGACCCUAAAUCCGGAGCAGGAGGCCAGCGGCACGCAGCCGGCUCGGGAUGGGCAACCCGGCAAUGCUGCGGCAGCUGCCACGCGUUCCCCGCCUCGCAGGGGCCGUUUGCAGGGCCCUCCUGUCACACAGCCCGUAGAGCCACCCAAAGGAUACCCACCCAAAAGUCUGAAAGGGCCCUUGGAGUAAUUGGCACAAACGUUACUUUUGUAUGUGGAGGAGACUUAAGUUUAAAGGGAUCAUAAUUCUGCAGGUAAUUUUCUGUGAGUGACUGAAUGUGGCUGUUGCAUUAAGUUUAAAUGAGUUACUAAAUGCAAGUGGGACUUACUGUAUGUUAGAAGGGAGUUUUGCAGCCAAGACUGCCUUGUAUAAAUGUGUUUGCACUGAAAAAAAAAAAAAAUUAAAAAAUUACUUGGUCUCUGGUUGCUGUAAAGGUCAUCCAAGAUGGAUGUUCUGUUUAUAUUGUAUAGUAUUUCAUAUGAAAUAAUUACAGUUCAUGAAAUGUCUUCCCUAACGUUACUGAUUUAUAACAGCACAUUUGUAACAUGGUUUUUAUUGUGUCAGUGUACCAUAUUGUAAAUGAUGAUUACUUGUCAUGCUUAGUAUAAUAAUUUAAAGGUAAAAAAAAAAAAGGACAGGGAUUUUUGUAAGUCUAUAUUUGAAAGUCCCUCCAUAUGGUAAUAUUGUGUUCAUGUUGUUUAUGUAGUGUUGUGUGAAAUAUCCAUUUUGGAUUGUGUUACUUUUUAAGAUAUUAAAUAACAUUUGGUUAUA